CUCUCACUCUCACUCUCACUCUCACUCUCACUCUCACUCCCACUCUCACUCACUCCCUCAUCCACACACCCUGCGUGGUUGACCCUCUCUCUCUCUCUCUCCUUAUCCGGAACUCGCAGGGACAUCGCCCUCGGAGGAGAAGCGCCAUCCACAUACCACCGCACCCACCCACACAUUCCUUAAACAGCCAUGGUCAAGUUCAGCCACAGUCUGCAGUUCAACACCGUCCCUGACUGGGCCAACGAAUACGUCGCGUACUCGAACCUCAAGAAGACCCUCUAUGCCAUCGAAAAAUACAACGCACAAGCUGCCAUCGAGGGAGGGACGCCCAGGCCAUCGGACAUCGAACACGGCUAUGGUGUCCCAGUCUCAUCCUCAGAUCCAGAAAAGUCAUCAAAAGUCGGACGCUUCCUUGGAUUGAAGGGCAAGAGCCAAAAGGAAGUCGCGGUCGCCGCUGCUGCUCAGGAGGCAGCCUUACACAACGGAAGCGACAUCUUCCCACCCGAGAGCGCUGCAUUCGAACGCGGACUAGCGAAGGAGCUGGCCAAAGUCACCUCAUUCUACAUUCGUAAGGAGCGAGAGCUGUCCGCUGAACUUGAGGCUGUCGACCGUCAGUGGGAAUUGGAGGAACUGAAGCAAAAGAAUGACCGUAUUGCUUACGGAGAAGAGAAGGGUGAUAGGAUAGAGGCAGAAGAACUCAAGCGCCGCAUGUCCGUCAACUUGGAAGACGAAAAGCAACUCAAGGCGGUUGAAAAAUCCCAGCUGAAGCGUAUGAUGGGCUGGGACAAGGACGGCCUGGUCGACCUGGACUCUACUACAGAAGCAAGAAGCAACGGAUUAGCGGGAGCGACUGUCAACGGAUCCACAGUCGCGGACGAAAGCGUCCACGGCAACACCAAAAUUGACACCUCAAGCGUUCCGGGAACAGGCAACGCAUUCUCUGAUGUCGAUGGAAGCGAGUACAACCCAAAGUCCCACGGCCGUCAAAGCUCGGUCGGAGACCUUACCGAGAUUGUCUGGAGACGUGAAUGCCUCAUCGAGUCUGAUGAGGACAAGCAAAAGAAAAAAAAGAAGGAAAGUAGUCGCGGCUCUGAAAAUUCCAGAGACUCGCUGCACCCGUUGGAUGCACACCACGAUGCCGACGAUGCCGAUAACUCUCACGAAGAGUACUCGUCCCACGCCAACACCCGGCGCCAUAGCCUCGGCAUGGUUCAACGGCCCCAGGUCGAGACAUCCGAGCUCAAGCGCACCCAGUCCCAGCAUCAGAGCAAAGUAUCGCUUAACCCCAGACGGUCAAUCACUGCCAUGCGCGACAUGGUUACUGGCCACGGCACGAUCGGUCGUGAAAACCCUAACCUGAGGCCCUCUCUUUACGCUCCCCUCACCACCGAGGCUCUCCUCCGCAGACGCCUCAUCGACACGUACGUGCUCCUCUCUGAGCUCAAGUCGUAUGUGGCCCUAAACUAUCUUGGAUUCCAAAAGAUCGUCAAGAAGCACGACAAGCUGGCCCGCUGCACAACCUUGAACAGAUACAUGUCCACAGUCGUUGACUUCUCAGCCCCCUUCCAGCCCGAGUCCCGUCAACACUUGGACGCGCAGAUCCUGCGUCUCCAGGCCCUCUAUGCGCGCACAUGUGCCAACGGAAGCAUGGCCCAGGCUGCCAAAGAGCUCCGGUCUCACCUGAGGGAGUAUAUUGUCUGGGAGCGUAACACUGUCUGGAGAGACAUGGUCGGACAAGAGCGCAAGGCUGAGGGUGCCCGUGCUGUGGAUCCCAAGGAGCAAGAGCCCUGGGUGCUGUUCGGCUAUCCCAUCCGAUUCAUCAGCGGCGCAGAAGCGCGCCGUGUCCUUCUCGGUCUCCUUGGCAUCGUUAUCUUCGCCAUCCUGAUGAGCAUCACGAUCUUUGAUACGCGCGAGCAAAACCGCUGCUUUGCGAUCCUCAUCACAGUCGCCUUCUUCUGGGCCACCGAGGUCUUCCCCCUGUUUGCUACCGCUCUUUUGGUCCCUCUGCUGACGAUUCUCUGCCAAGUGAUGCGCGACCCUACCACGAAUGCCACCCUCUCGACCUCAGCUGCCACCAAAGUCGUCUUUGGCUACAUGUUCUCUCCUACGAUUAUGCUGCUGCUCGGAGGCUUCACCAUCGCCUCAGCGCUUUCAAAGUACGGCAUCGCAAAGACAAUCGCGAGCACUGUCUUGAGCAAAGCCGGAACAGAUCCCAAGUGGGUCCUUCUCGCCAACAUGUUUGUCGCCACCAUCGCCUCCAUGUUUAUCAGUAACGUUGCCGCGCCCGUUCUCUGCUUCUCCUUGGUUCAGUCUAUCUUGCGCACUCUGCCCCACAAGUCCUCGUUCGGCCCUUGCCUCAUCAUGGGUAUUGCUCUUGCCUCGAACGUUGGCGGUAUGGCCUCUCCUAUCUCGUCGCCUCAGAACAUCAUCACCAUCCAGAACAUGACGCCUGCCCCUUCCUGGGGUAGCUGGUUUGCGGUCGCCUUGCCUCUCUGCCUCGUUAUCGAUCUCAUUAUCUGGGCCUGGUUGAUGCUCCUCUGGCGUCCCCAGCGUGAUACUCCUUCCAUUCCCACCAUCCGUGCUACCAAGGAGCGCAUCACGUUCUCUCAGGUCUUUAUCUGCUUUGUUACCAUUGCCACUAUUGUGCUCUGGUGUGUUGAGAACUCGUUCCAGGAACAGCUCGGGGACAUGGGAGUGAUUGCUAUCCUACCCUUGAUCGCAUUCUUUGGUACGGGUCUCUUGAACAAGGAGGACUUUAACAACUUCCUCUGGACCGUCAUCAUGCUGGCUAUGGGCGGUAUCGCACUCGGCAAGGCAGUCGACUCCUCGGGCUUAUUGGAUACAAUUGCGCAUCACAUCCAGGAGGCCGUCUCAGGCUUUUCGGUGUGGGUCGUGCUUAUGAUCUUUGGUGCUCUGACCUUGGUCUUUGCCACUUUUGUCUCCCAUACGGUCGCUGCCGUGAUUAUCCUGCCUAUUGUUCAACAGGUCGGAAUGUCGUUUGCUGAUCCUCACCCCCGUAUCCUGGUCAUGGGCACCGGUCUGGUUUGCUCCGCAGCCAUGGGCUUGCCUGUCUCUGGGUUCCCGAACAUGAAUGCUAUCGCGCUUGAGGAUGAGAUGGGCAUGCCUUAUCUGAAGACAAUGGACUUUUUGAAAAGCGGUGUGCCAUUGUCUAUCCUGGCGACACUCUGUGUCCUCACCAUUGGCUUUGGUAUCAUGUCUGCCCUCGGAUUCUAAAUCCGAUGUCCCCCCCCCCUCCCUCUUAUACUGUCGCCGCUGUCCAUAUACCAUGCGUAUUAUUACUACUAUAUUAUUUAUUUCUCUGGUUCUUCACAAAACACCUUGUACAUUAGCUGUGUCCACUUUGAACAAAUAAACUCAAUGGAUCAAAA